UUUGAUCCUCGGCGGACGCGGUAAAGGCGUUUGUCGCCGCGUUCUCGAAACUCCCCCGGGGGCUCCAUGGAGGAGGCAGCCCGGUGGCGGCGGCAUUGCUGAGACCGGGAGAUCAGAGCAACUGAACCCACACCCCUCACCCCUCCCCCAUCAUCAGUGUAAACACACGGAGACAACUGCGGCUCCGGGAGGAGCAGGAAAAGCAACCAUGGCCUCGGUGAAGGUGGCGGUGAGAGUGAGACCCAUGAACCUGAGAGAAAAAGAUUUGGAUGCCAAAUGUAUCAUACACAUGGAUGGAAACAAAACAGCAAUCACAAACUUAAAGAUCCCAGAAGGAGGUUCAGGAGAUUCUGGACGAGAACGGCUAAAAACGUUUACCUAUGACUAUUCUUACUGUUCUGCUGAUUGUAGGAGUCCCAGAUUUGUCUCCCAGGAAAGGGUUUUCAAGGAUCUUGGGACUGAUGUCCUUAAAGCUGCCUUUGAAGGCUAUAAUGCAUGCAUAUUUGCUUAUGGGCAGACCGGAUCUGGCAAAUCCUAUACAAUGAUGGGAAACCCGGAUGAUGCAGGCCUCAUACCUCGAAUUUGUCAAGGGCUGUAUGACAGGAUUGCAGGGAGGUCUAGGUGGGAUGAAGCUUCAUUUCGCACAGAAGUAAGCUACCUGGAGAUUUAUAAUGAGCGAGUAAGGGAUUUGCUCAGGCGGAAGUCAACCAAAACGUACAAUUUACGAGUGAGGGAACAUCCAAAGGAAGGUCCAUAUGUAGAGGAUUUAUCAAAGCAUUUGGUGCAGAAUUACAGCGAUGUGGAAGAACUCAUGGAAGCUGGAAACAUCAAUCGAACAACUGCUGCCACAGGGAUGAAUGAUGUCAGCAGUCGUUCCCAUGCCAUUUUCACCAUCAACUUCACUCAAGCCAAAUUUGAUGCUGAAAUGCCUUGUGAAACAAUUAGCAAGAUCCACUUGGUCGAUCUUGCAGGAAGUGAAAGAGCAGAUGCUACAGGUGCCACUGGCGUACGAUUGAAAGAAGGAGGGAAUAUUAAUAAGUCUUUAGUCACAUUGGGAAAUGUUAUAUCUGCUUUGGCUGAUUUGUCUCAGGAUAGGACAAAUUCUCAAGCAAAGAAGAAACAAGUGUUUGUGCCUUACAGAGAUUCAGUUUUGACUUGGUUAUUGAAAGACAGCCUUGGUGGAAACUCCAAAACCAUUAUGAUUGCCACCAUUUCACCUGCGGAUGUCAAUUAUGGAGAAACAUUGAGUACCCUUCGCUAUGCAAACAGAGCUAAAAACAUCAUUAACAAACCUACCAUUAAUGAAGAUUCUAAUGUCAAACUUAUUCGUGAGCUACGUGCUGAAAUAGCACGACUGAAGGCUUUACUUGCUCAGGGGAAUCAGAUUGCGUUGUUGGAUUCUCCAACAGCUUUAAGUAUGGAGGAGAAGCUUCAACAAAAUGAAGCUAGAGUGGAGGAACUGACCAAAGAGUGGACAAAUAAAUGGAAUGAAACACAAAAUAUCCUCAAGGAAGAAACCUUAGCCCUUCGAAAAGAAGGAGUUGGUGUGGUUUUGGAUUCAGAGUUACCUCAUUUGAUUGGUAUUGAUGAUGACUUACUUAGUACUGGAAUUAUUUUGUAUCAUCUUAAGGAGGGCAAGACCUACGUUGGACGAGAAGAUGCCACUACAGAGCAAGACAUUGUUCUCCAUGGUCUUGACCUCGAAAGUGAACACUGUAUCUUUGAAAACCUCAAUAACAAAGUAACUGUAAUACCACUGAAUGGCGCACAGUGCUCAGUCAAUGGAAAUCACAUUGAAGAAGCUACUCAGCUAAACCAAGGAGCUGUCAUACUCCUGGGGAGAACCAACAUGUUCAGGUUUAAUCAUCCUAAGGAAGCUGCUAAACUCAGGGAAAAAAGGAAGAGUGGACUGCUGUCUACCUUCAGUUUGUCUAUGACUGACCUUUCUAAAUCCUGUGAAAAUCUUUCCGCCGUCAUGCUCUACAAUCCAGGUCUUUUCACUAUAAAGGGACCCAUUUGCCUAAGGCUAGAAUUUGAGAGACAACAAAGAGAAGAGCUAGAAAAGCUGGAAAAUAAGAGGAGACUGAUAGAAGAAAUGGAAGAAAAACAACAAUCAGAAAAGUCAGAACUCGAGAGGUUGCAGCAGGAAGUAGAGACGCAACGCAAGGAGACUGAAAUUGUCAAGCUUCGCAUCCGAAAACAAGAAGAAAAUCUGAAACGUCGAAAUCUGGACAUUGAAAGCAGGCUUAAAGACUUAAAGGCUGAGAAAGAGAAGUUUGAGGAAGAGCGGCAAAGAGAACAAGAAGAAAUUGAGCUGCAAAAGAAAAAGCAGGAAGAAGAAAUUUACCUACGAGUCCAAAAAGAAUUACAGGUAUUGCAGGAACUUCACGAGCAAGAGAAUGCAGGUAAACUGGAAAUUCUCAGAGAGCUAGAGAAACUCAAAAGAGAAAAGGAUAAGCAUAGCCAGAAGCUAGAAUUGGAGAAGAGAAGACUUGAAGAGGAAUCAAAACAUCAACUGAUUCUCGUCACGCGUCUGGGGGAGCAGGUCAGAGAAAAACAGGAAACUAUCCAACUGCUCAAACGAGGUGAUGUGCAGAGCCUGGAUGAAGAAAAGAAUAUCCUCGAGGAAAUUAGGGAAGUUCUCCUCAAAGCCAAAGAAGCUAGACCUGCCGGAGGUGACGAACCUAGAUCUACUGUUGAAGAAGAUACUAGACCUGACGGAAGUGAGGAAACUGAAGAUGUCCAGGGAGCGAAGGAAAGAUACAUGGAUCUGAAAAGAACACAAUUGGAAAAGUUCACAGCUUUGGAACACAAUGUUUCUUAUCAAAAAAACCUCCUGGAAAAGGAAAUCACUCUUGACCGUGAAGCUCUUGAGCAAUUAAGGCAUGCACAUCAGAAAUCCAUAAAUGGCAGCCUGGAAGAUGGUGGAAGUCAUGCUUUAGAUUCAGUUGAGUUGCUCGAAGCAGUGGAGAAGCAGAAAGAGGUUGAACAACGAAUGGUGAAUAAGGCACGGCAGCUAGAUUAUUUAAUGGAAAACCAUUUGCCUGCUCUGUUGGAGGAAAAGCAGAGAGCUGCAGAAAUCCUCGACCGAGGUGUGCCUAGUUUGGAUGUUGUACUUUAUGAGACGGAGAAAGAAAUUGAAGAAAAAAAGGAGCAGAUAGCACAGUACAGAGCCAGCACUGAUCAACUUCAGCAGCUCCAACAAACAUAUGAAUUUACUGCUAAUAUAGCUCGACAAGAGGAAAAGGUUCGUAUGAUUGAAAAAGAGAUCAUUGAAUCAAGAGAAAAGCAACAGAGAGAGGCAUUGGAGCAAGCAGUAGCUAAAAUAGAGAAGAGGCACUCUGCUCUUCAGCGUCAUUCUGCCAUUGACUUAGAGAUUGAGGAACAGAGACAAAAACUAGCAACACUAAAUGACUGUGAAGAAACAGAUCUUCGAGAUAGUCUGGAAGCAGAGCACAAAGCCCUAGAACAAGACCGAGAAAGGCUAGAACAAGAAAUUCAGCAACUCAAGCGAAAGAUUUGUGAAAAUGACGUGGCCUUAAGGUUCUGUGGAGCUGGUGAAGAGAAGUCAUCGUACACCAGUUGUCCUGCUAGUCCUCAAAGGUCUCCAGCAAUCAUGACUCCAAUAGCUGAAGAAAGGAUAAAUGCAUAUAUUGAAGAGGAAGUUCAGCGACGACUAGCAGAAAAAGCAAAAUUACAAAAUGAGCACGAAAUAAACAAUAUGAUUAACCCUUCUCUUUCCACAGAACAGGAAAAUGAAAAUCUUCAAAAUAAUGUGAACCAACGCAAAUUGAAGUAUAAGCACUUAUUCUCUAGAAUGCAGGAGACUGAUCCAGACAGUCUAAAGGAUCCUAUUAAAAUUAGUAUUCCCCGUUAUGUCUUGCGUGGACAAGGAAAAGAUGAGCACUAUGAGUAUGAAGUGAAGGUAACCAUCCUGGAAGAUACUUGGACAGUGUUUCGACGAUAUAGUCGUUUCAGAGAACUGCACAAAAUAAUGAAGGCAAAAUACCCAGAGAUUGGCGGUCUAGAAUUCCCUCCCAAAAAGCUGUUUGGUAACCGAGAUGAAAGAGUGAUUGCUGAGAGACGAUGCCACUUGGAGAGAUACCUCAGGAACUUCCUCACGUUGAUGCUAAAGUCUCCAACUUCACCAAUAAACCCACACAGCAAGGACUUUAUAUUGUCGAAGCACAGUCUGUGUGAGUUUACACCUUUCUUCAGGAAAGGAGUUUUUGACUUCAGCAGUCACGGCACUGGGUAGCUGUGUAAGAUAACCAAAAGAUUUUACCCCUUUUUAAAAAUAUCAGGACCAAAAACAGUGCCUUCUCAACACCAGACUAGAUUUUUGAAGCAAGGAAGCGAAUCAUCUACUGUUCGGCGGUUUCAUUAUGAAAGGUAUCUCAUGUCUUAUGUUUACAUUGUAAAGCACCACCAUUUGUUGUAUAAAAAUAUGUAUAGUGAAUAAGCUCUUUUUAAUGUUUAAAAAUAAUUUUGAUUUGUAGUCCAUUGAGUAAAAUUCUCCAAUUAGAAGUAAAAGCUUACAUUUCAUCAAGCCAGUAGGAAGCAAUUGAUAAUUGCAGUGCUGCUUGGCACAAGCCAAACUCUGUUUAUCUAGAUUAGUAACAAUGGUUAAAAUGGCUGACAAUGGGCUGUGGCAGAGAAUGGAUGGUAUUGAAUUGGCUGCCUCUUAUACUCAGCACCUUUCCCUGUUCCACUGCAGACAAUAGAACAGGAUCUUUGACAUUGCAUAUGACAAUGACACUUCCUCAUUCGGCAUCACCACCUGCACUACUGACUUUCUAAUUUUUGCAGACUAACAAGCAAAAGUAGAUUUUUUUUUAAAAGCCUAGUUCAUCUCACUGAUGCACAAAUUGGAACACAAGUGUUUUAACAAAAGACCCAUUCCUACUGAAUACAUAUCUUUUUUCAUCAGCUAUUCCAACAUGAACCAUUAACUAAAUACUGUGGUUAUAAUCAGUUCACGUUAAGAGUACUCUUCUUAGAACAUGGUUAGUCUUGACCUUUACAUUUUUAGUUUAUUCUGAUGUUUUUGAACACAUGGAAAUGGUGUUUAAAGAUUUUAACAGAUUAUAGGCCCAUUUGAGAACAGGCUUAUUGAUCUAGUAAAGGUGCUUAUAAAGUACAGUAAUAAUGUAUAUGUACAGUACAGCUACUGUACAGUUGCCCUAACUACUUAUAGUACCCUGCGAAUGUAUAAUUAUUUAAUCUAGUCUGAAUAUCAUAAUGCUGCUUACACUGACCAAUUUACAAACUAUAACUCUUCUGAAUUUGAACAAUAGUCACCUAACACGUGGGGAAAUUGGCUCCCUAUAUAUGGACGUCAUGGCUACAACAGAUUACUGCUAAAAUUGUAUCCACUGUUUUGGGAAAUCACAUGGGAAUAUUGUGAAUCAAUGCCACACAAACAUUUUUAUUCACCUGUAAAUGCACAUCUGAAGCAUCCCAGCAUCUUUUAAUUGAUGCCUUUUUAAAGGUGUUUGUUACACUUUUAGAGGGAUGCCUUCCUUAAAAUCACUUAGUCUUAUGAAAUUUCAAAUGAGAUUUGGAACUGACAAUGGGCAAAAUAAAAAGUGGUGGGUUGGAAAUUUGUCCUGGACUGUGGCAGAGAAUAGAUGAUACUGAAUCAGUUGCCCAUUACACUCAGCACCUGAUACCUGUUCCACUUUUGACAAUGCAACAAGAUCUUGGCUGUCUCAUGGGUAAAGUGGCAGUGUCCCACCUCUGAGCCAGGAGGUCUGAGUUUAAGUCCCACCUCCCCCAGAGGUGUGUUGUAACAUCUCUGAAACAGGUUUUCAGAUAUUGCAUAUAACAGGCAGUCUGAUAUGCCUCUUCAUUCUGCAUCACCUGAUGCAAAUUUCUACUCCUAUUUUUAAUUUUGCAGACUAGUAAACAAAAUAAUUUAAAAAUUGUUGUUCUUUUCACUUAUAUACAAAGUGGUGCUAUUUUAACCAAAAGAAUACCCCAACUGAUUUAAUAGCUAACUUAAACAAUGGAAUAGUCAUUUGUUGUAAAAACUAGGUCUUCAACUAAAAACUUUGUAGUUCCAAAAAUUGGGCAAAUGCACCCAUUUAAUGUCGGUGCCAAAUGUUAUUGUCCUGUUAAUAUGAACAGGCUCUAAUUUUGCAGUCCAGUUCAAACUCAAGAAGCAGAACUCUGUGUUUCAUGCAGAAAUUAAAUAGAGUUCUGUCAGCAACACAGCAGAAUGAUUAAUUUGUAAUUUGUUUGCAAGUCAUAAGAAAGCAAAAUUGACCGGCACGUCAAAGAGCAAGAGGUCAAUUUUUGGCUUGUUUCCACUUCCAAUAUUUAAAUGCACAGCUUACUGCAGUCAAGAAUUUGCAUUGAUACAGUGCCUCCGGUGUGAAAUGUCACAAGACGCUUUGUGUUCAACCUUUGACACUUGCUGAGACUGCUGACCUUUGUGAUGAUGUAACUGUAACACUCCACUCGCCCUUCAGGAUGAGCUGUGACUCGGUAUUAGCAUGAGAGGUCCUAGGAAAUCUGAGCUGACUUCUCUAUCAGUGCAGGCUUGGGCAGAAAUGAACUACAGCAAGAAAUACUGGGGAUAAAAAGAAAGGUGUUAACAUUACAUUUUAUAUAACUAUGCAGCAUUAGGAAUUGGUGUCGAAUCACCCAUCAUUGUAGAAUGAAGUUCUGUUGAGCACAUCUAUUGUUGUUACAACCAUUCUCUUGGUUUAUUUGUAUUUUUGUUCAGUAACAUUAUCACGUAUUUGGGAGGUAGCCGUUGGUUAAAUGAAACCGUGAUUGUCAAAAUCCCCAGUUAAAUGUAGAUGUUACUGAACUACCAAUUAUAGUAACUUGAAGAAACUAUUAGAGACACAUUGGAGACAGGAUACCAAAGUUUUAAAUCAUUCAGUUACAUUUUCAUUCUGUAGCAUGCAAUAUAUUUAAAAACGUUUGCUAUAUUCAUGAUAAUCUUUUUCUUCAGUGCACCAUCAAAUUUUUAUAAAAACCAAUAGAACUGCGGAUGCUGCAAAUCAGAAACAAAACAGAAAUUGCCGGAAAAGCUCAGCUGGUCUGGCAGCAUCUGUGGAGAGAAAUCAGAAUUAAUGAACCGCCAGUUUGAGGAAGGGUCACUGGAUCUGAAACAUUAACUCUGAUUUCUCUGCACAGAUGCUGCUGGACCUGCUGAGCUUUUCCAGCAAUUUCUGCUUUAAAUUCAGACUUGUAUUUUCACUGCUCAAAGCUGAAUAGGUGUGUGUAUUAACUUUUCAGUUUUUCACUUGUUUCAAAUAUAAUCACUUCCUCGGCUUCCCAUUAUGAGUUAUCAUUAAUCAAAGAUUUACAAUUGGUCAUCUCAACUUAUUAAAAUUCCCACAUGUGAAUAAUUCUGCUGUGCAAUAGCACUCAUAGCUGCAUGGUAAAGAGCAUAGGAGAGAGCCAAAGUUACUAUGUGGCGGCUGGACAGUUAGAAAGACACAACAUUAUUACUCAAUACAUUACUAUGUACCAAAGCACAAUUUCACCUUACUUCCUGCUUGGAAAUGCAGCUCCUAUUGCAUGGGAAAGCUUGAAUAAGUUUAGUCCAAGAUGGAUUUUUUUUAAAAAGGUUGAAAUUUGAUCUGUGUGUAAUGUGCAAUAAAAGUAAUCCCAGCCACACCAAAGGCAUUUCACACCAUAUUGUCUCAUGAACUUCUAUUAAAUAGGAAAAUAGUCAUCUUUUUCAUUAAUUUUUCAGGUAACCUGAUUGCAGAGAGCUGGUAGAAACAAUCCAGUAUUGUUAUAGUACAUCUUUUCACCACGUUAUGAAUGCAAAAUGUUUACUGUAUGGGAUUUGUGGUUUCUGUUGUGUAGAUUACUUAGCUUCUGUAAACCAGGAUUAAUGAAUAAUGGUCAUUACUACUUUUUAGUAACUUUCAUGUGAAGAGAGCUACACUAAACAGUUUCUGGUUUACAAGUUUUACAUUUAUAAUAUAGUUGUGACAAUCAUUAAGUUCAUUAAACCAGUUAUGUUCCUGAUUUUAGGCUGGUUCUAAUGUUUGUACUUGGCUACCGGGUAGACUGAAAAGGAACAAGAAAACAAUAUAAAUAUUGUAAAUGGAAAAAUGAGUACGUUUUUUUAAAGUAUUUUUUUAGUGACUAUGGGAAUUUAUUGAGGGUCCUGUAUCAUUCAAGAUGAUCUAUUAUAUCGUGUAUAUAAGCAUAAAUAAUGCAAAUCUCAGCCUGAUUAUGCACCUAAUUGUAUAAUCAUUUAUAAUUUAUAACUGCGGUGAAAGCACUUUCUCUGUGUGUUUUUAUAGUGUUUAAAACUGCUAUUUGUAAACUCACUGACCUCAAAUAAAACGUUAAGCUGAACA